UGAGAUCAAAACGGACGCAGAUUUCAUCUUCUCCGGCAACGCUCAGAUGGGAAGGAUCUUGCUAUUCCCAAAAGGCUUCCUCUUCUAUUAUUCAUCUGUGCCGGCUAUGAGACGUGCCUGUGGCUUUGGUGAAGGAUAAACGGAGAAAGUCCCAACCUCAUGGGAUUUCUACAAACGGCGUCGUUGGGACCCUCUUUGAAACGCGUCGUUUCGGUUUCACCGUUUGGCCCCCGUAGGUCGAUUGAUCAAGUUUUGUGCGUGGCUUGAUCCUAGGCGUAACGGACCAUGGAAACCCUAGACGCAACUUCUUCUUGUUCUUCUUCCGCUUCAAAUCUCCAAAGCCCUAGCUCCAAAACCCCACAACCACCACCUUCUGUCAUCCGCCUAUCGAGACCAGCCGCGCAGCGCAACCUCCGAAACCAGUGGUCGAAAUUAGCUUCCUACAGACAACAAUGGACUUCUACUGCCUCAAAGGGAAGGUCACAUGCCACAGAUCUUGUCAAUUCCUAUCUCUCUCAAAGAUAUAUGCCUGCCAUGGAGUUGGGUGUUCUGAGUGAUAUGCCCAAUAUUAGAAAGAAAGCUUGCAUGAAAUUAAAGCAGCAGGGCCUUCAUGGGAGCAAACUUUUGUCAGCAUACAAGGAUAUGGUUGGAACUUCAAACCAUGAUGUGUUGGCAUGUCAAUCUUCCCAAACUCAUCGGUUGCUUAUAGUGGAGUUACUCUCCAUCAGUUGUGAAGAAGCUCCACAAGACGAUCGAUAUUGUUGGUCAGAUGAGCUGUAUCCAGGGGAAUUUGAUGAUUUGGGUAUAUGCAGCUUGCAUUCAAAAGAAAUUGGUGAUAUUAUUCCCCCAAAAAUAAUAGGUUUUGAAUCUCAUUCGCCUGUUACACGUUCUAAUCAGCAGCCAGAUCAUGAGAUCUUACAGGUUUACCUUACAACUUGGCUUGCAGAGGUGAACAUUGAUACACAUAGGGUUGAUGAAAUAUUUGCUGUAAUUGGGGAGGAAAUGGACGUUGGCCUUUCAUGAACCUGCUUAUAUGGCAAAAAGAAGGAGAGAAGUGCUACUACAAUGAUACCAUCAAAGAUUCUGCAGAACACAAUAGGCUAAAAAUUGGGUAGUCCUAUAAUUUAUCUAUAUCCAUAGAGCAAAGUGUUAGGACUUUUUUUUUUCCUGAAAUGUGCUGUUCAUCACUCUUAUGUACGCAUACAUUCUAUUAUUAUUUUAUUGAAUUAAUUUGGAUUAUUUUUUUA